CGAAAGAAACGGUCUUUGUUUGUUUGUUGAGUUGAUGGAGACGGAGCUUCUUCUAUCUCAUCACCACCAGAGAUCUUUAUACUUGCACUCAUCUGUAUCCAUCUUCAGAUAUUGAAGUGGGGAAGUUGAGUUGUGUGAGGGUGUUACGAUGUCGUUUGAUGGAGACCAUAAGCAAUGGAUAUGUGGAAAGGGUGGUACAGUGAAUUUACACCGCGUUGGUUCUAUGGUUCGGGAUAUUGGAGAGCCGUGUCUUCAUCAGUCGCCUAUAAAGGUUGUUGCUACUAUAAACAAAAUGCUUAAACCAGAGAAGUGGCAAACAACAUUUGACACUGAUGGAAAGGUUUUCGGUUUUCAGAAAGCACUGAAAUUGAUUAUGUUGGGGCAGGGGGUAGAUCCAUCUAUAAGACCUGAAGUGUGGGAGUUCCUUCUGGGCUGUUAUAGUUUGGGCAGUACCGCUGAUUACAGGAGAAGGUUAAGGACUGCAAGGAGGGAACGUUAUGACGACCUUAUUAAGCAAUGUCAGUCAAUGCAUUCCAGCAUAGGUACCGGUUCUCUGGCCUAUGUUGUGGGGUCAAAAGUUAUGGAUAUGAGGACAAUGGCCAAAGAAGAUGAGAGACGGAAAUCUGAUGGGAAACUUGAACAAUCUUCUAAUGAUGUUUCUGAAAGAUUAGAAUCUUUCUCCUCUUGCUCUGAUAUCUGUAUAGAAACCUCAUGUGCACAUCCAAGAGAAAGCACCGAUUGUGCAGCCUAUGAUGAUUCAUGUUCCAUUCCUUCUACCCCAUACAAUGAUAGUCACCCAAAGUCAAGAAGUGAAGGGGAUGGAUCACAAUACAGAACUUCAAGUUUUUAUGACUUCCCUCCUUUACCAGUUACAAAUUUAUUUGAAAAGAGUGCUUUAGAUGAUAAUAUUGAAAGUACGUCACACGAAGAAAGACAUUCUACAAGGCGUAAGCUGAGAUUUGAAGAUGAUCAUGUGUAUGACUUUCAAAUUAAUAACAAUGUAGAUCUAGUAAUGGAUGUAUCGACAUCUAACAAUUCUACAUGUACUAACAACUCCAGAAUCGAAGAGCCUAGAUCUAGCCAUUUGGAUUAUGAAAUAGAAAAGGCUGACAUCCAAAAAGAGACAAAUGUGCCUGAAAUCCCUAGGGUGAACCCGGUGACGUCCCAUGUAAGAACAAGGAGUCAGGACAGAGUGUCUGAUUGGCUUUGGACUCUGCACCAAAUAGUCGUUGAUGUUGUUAGAACAGAUAGUCAUCUGGAAUUUUAUGAGGAUACAAAAAAUUUAGCUCGUAUGUCAGAUAUUCUUGCUGUUUAUGCCUGGAUUGAUCCUGCAACAGGAUAUUGUCAAGGUAUGAGUGAUUUGUUAUCUCCUUUUAUUGUGCUCUUUGAGGAUAAUGCCGAUGCUUUUUGGUGCUUUGAGAUGCUUUUAAGGAGAAUGCGUGAAAAUUUUAAGAUGGAAGGAACAACAGGCGUAAUGAAGCAACUGGAGGCACUUUGGCAUAUCUUAGAACAUGUAGACAGGGAAAUGUUUGCUCACCUGUCACAAAUAGGUGCUGAAAGCCUUCAUUUUGCUUUUCGGAUGCUUUUGGUACUCUUUCGCCGGGAGUUAUCUUUCAGUGAAGUGCUUUGCAUGUGGGAGAUGAUGUGGGCUGCUGAUUUUGAUGAAUCCUUGGCUUUCAAUCUGGAUAACAGCUGUCCUGAACUUCUGGUCCUACAAAUUCCUAGGGAAUCAACUACAGCUAAAAGAGAGGAAAUAGUUGAGAAUGAAAAUGGUGGUCCAAAGGGUGGCACAGAAGUGAAAAGUGGAAAUCUAGAGCGCUCAAAUUCUGUAAACAAUGGAAUAAAAUCUACAUCAAACCAUCCCUUUUGUGGAUUGACAAAAAGCUUGUGGUCAAAAAAUGAUCGUUUUCAGAUAUGUACGAUUAUAUCAUCGACCAGAAAUGGUGAUGAUGAAUUGCCCAUAUUUUGUGUGGCAGCAAUUCUUAUUCUGAACCGCCAGAAAAUCAUGAGAGAGACACGUUCAAUUGAUGAUUUAAUAAAGAUAUUUAACGAUAAUUUGCUGAAGAUUAGGGUUAAAAGAUGCAUACGUACAGCGAUUAAACUUCGAAAGAAAUACUUCUACAAGCUGAUCAAGAAUCGAAGCCCCGCUGCUGCUUACGAUGACUAGUUAGUUAUGCUUCAAGUUUGUGAUUAGAACUCCAUCCGUGCUGAAGUUUUCUAGAUGCCAUUCAUCUUCGAAUUCUUGUUUGAGUCUCAUAGCAACAGAUUUUAGCUUUUCUUUAUAUUGGAGGAGUGUGCUUAUGCCAUUGAACAAUCAUCAAAUAGACUUGAAAUAUGCUCAAACUUCUGUCAGGAUUGUGAAUUGGAGCUAUGAAACGUUGUUUUGACAGAAGCUGAUGAUUGUACAUGUUGCAGGUCAGGAGAUCAGUCUCUUAGUUUGUUGUGCCAUAUUUUCUCUUUUUUCUCAUAUUUGAAGGUGGCAGGGAUGGAGGUAGAAACAUAUAGUUUGAGGCAAUUAUAGAAGGUUUCUUGCUUAGGUCACAUACAAAACUUGUAAACUUAGAAUUAAGGAACUCAUUACACAUUUACACUUCUUACUUUUCAACAGGGGAAUAGAAUUUGAUUCUUUUGAUGAA